CGCGUGUGUCUGCGCGAGCGAGCGAUGGCCAUUUCCCAGCGGCUCAACUUGGCUCUAGAGGAGCAGGUCGUGAUCCGCAAUCAGUGAGAGGCGAAGCGCACCCUCCCUCCUAGCACAGAUUUGGAAUAGGAAUCGAGAGACGUGGACUUAUCGAUUGGAUUAUCCCAGCGCUUUUUCCAAUUGGGUUGUGAGUAUGGGCGCGGGAAGCUGGGUACGCGGGGAAUCCGCGACAGGGUGUGUUUCUCGGGGCGCCAAGCGACGACGACUCAAUUGCAAAACUCUUCUGUUCCGCCCUCGUCGAUGAUUUGCGGGAUACCGAGACCAGGGUAAUCGACAGUGCCAGUGCCGCGACGGAUGGCGCUGCGUGUGCAUGAGGACGAGGUGAGCGACGGGGAUUCUGGUAGACAUUCAAAUAUUCUCCGCGGCCCGAGAACCUAACUCCCGUGUGGUUGUGUAACUUGUAUCCCAUCCAAGAGAACCAAUGUUUGAGCGGAGUUUUGAACGUGGAGCUCUCCUUUUCGUCCAUCCCGGUGCGAAUAUUCCUCUCGCAGUCGCAGCUUUAGCAUGUCCCCUGCAAGUUGCAUCCCGUGAGUUGAGGCCACGAGGGCCGGGUUCCAAGAACUACUACUUUCACUACAGGUUAUGUAGCACCAUAUUUACACUACCGGGGUGGAUCGAUAUCAUUUAUGGUAGAUGCGAUGAUUCAAGUCUACGAGUCCCCACUUGCCUACAUAUCCGCUGAGUGCGGACAAAGCAAACGGAGUCAAGAAUCUUGGAAAUGUUGGAUAAAUGGAAGGCGUUGAAGGAUUUGGGGAGGCGAGUUGAGGAUAUGUCGAGCCUGAGCCGCAAGGUUUGGUUGCGGGGGGGCGGAGCUGGGAACGGGGUGGGCUUGGCUGAUAUGUCCCUCACCAGUCAACUCCAUUGCUAAAAUUGGGCAAAGCCGUCUGUGGGUUGGGUAAGAUCCCACCGUCCGGCCAUUUUUCGCCGCAAGUGGGCUCAUCGCACAUGUCAGAGAAGUGUCAGCUCGCAAAUUGGGCAUCAGGAGGAGCAAGUUUUGGUGUGUGCGGGUAAUGACCGAACGUUUUGGGUCCCUCCCCCUCUUCAUGUCUUGUGCUCAGGCGCUCUACUGGGUCUUCUGGGUUUGCAAUCGACGGUCGUGCGGUUGACGUGACAAGACGACAACGAUGCAACUGUGUUCGCGUACGGGCGGUGCAGGGGCUGGGGACACAGGAUAGACACUAGGGGUUUCAUUUGACACUCUGGUGGUGUGUUUGUUGAGGGAUCUUAGGAGGGUUGUCGGGGAUGGGUGCAGGGGAGUGGUCGAUGCAAAUAGCGGGGUUAGUAUGAGGAGUUUCUCGGGAGCGGUUGUGUGCGCAUCCGAUUCUCGCCCCUCGUGGAUUGUAGGAGGGACGAGUUUGGAAGGUGUUCCUGGGUUAGGAAAGCACCGGUAUGGGACAUGUGUUGUAGGCGAUCAUUCCUGCGCCGGACGCACUUGUCCUUGUAUCUCGAAUCCCUUCCACGUUGCAAGGGCGAUGUGCAUUGGUACAUAGGAAUGCCGGAAUUAGUUGCUCAUCAAUAUUUUUUUGUGUAUAUUUCGACUGUAAUUUUUUUGACUGCCACCAGUGGUAUUGGAGAUCGUAUCCAUCGCUCAAUCUUCCAGUAAUGAGCAAUCUCUUCUGCUCGGGUCGUGUGAGGUACUUUUGAGUGUGCUACAGCUUGUGAAUUGGUACCCUGUACCUCGGCUGUUGCUGCGCCCGAGUUUUUCUGGGAAGGAAUGUCUAGAUUUUGAGUAGUCGGAGGAGAUUACGAUAUGGGAGCAUCUUUCGAGUGAAGUUUCCUAGGUGACACAUAUCUUUCCUUCGGGAAUUGCUUACGACAGGCUGGAAUAUAUGGAUUCUUCUCCGUCUGUGCCGAAAUGGAUGGAUCCUUCGUCAUCUAUGGCGAAGCAUGUCCCUGCUCUAGCACCGAUUAUCUUGGUAGCGAUAGGGUACAUGGAUCCAGGAAAUUGGGCUUGCGCAAUUGAGGGAGGUUCCAGGUUUGGAUUUGAGCUCUUGUGGGUAGUGAUCCUCUCCAACUGUAUGGCAGCUUUUUUCCAAACGCUCGCCACGCGACUUGGUUUAGUUUCUGGAAAACAUCUUGCUGAGAUAUGCCGAGAAGACUAUCCCAGGCCUGUUUGUCUGCUUUUGUGGAUGCUUUCGGAAGCAUCUAUUAUCGCCCUCGAUUUGACAAUGGUUAUAGGAGCCGCUACAGGCUUGAAUCUGUUGUUUGGAUUCCCUUUACUCCCCAGCGUGCUUUUGUUGUCUGUCGAUGGCAUUAUUUUGAUGGUGGCAUUGCCGAUGGUGGGUGUGCACCGGGCGGAGAUGGUUGCUGGAACUAUUGUUGGUGUCGUGCUCGUCUGCUUUGGGUUAGGGGCAUUACUAAGCGGACCAACAGCUCCUGCCAUUAUUAGCGGUCUGUGGCCCAAAGUUCGAGGAGACUCCCUCUACAUCGCUGUGGGACUGAUUGGAGCGAAUGUUAUGCCUCACACGUUUUAUUUACAUUCUGCGCUGCUUCAAGGGCAACACAAACUUUCGAGCAAGGCGAAGGAAAUAGUUGUUCAAGAGAACAUGCGGGACACAAUUGGAGCGUUUGGGGUUGCGAUGUUGGCAAAUGUAGCCGUGUUGAUGGUAGCUGCAUCAGUUUUCCACAACGUUGGGUUGGUUAUUCUGACUCUCCAAGAUGCGCACGCACUAAUGGAGCAGAUAUUGAGUAAUUCGGUUGCACCAGCGGUGUUUGGAUUAGCCUUACUUUGUGCGGGACAGCUAUCAUCUUUAUCGGGAACCCUCACCGGAAAAGUUACCAUGGAGGGAUUUUUAGAUAUGUCCAUGCGCCCAUGGCUGCAUCGCUCCUUGAUUAGGGGAGCAGCAGUGAUUCCCGCUGCCUUCUGCGCAUGGCACUAUGGAAGCGAAGGUUUAUAUCGGCUGCUGUUGUUUGCACAAAUCGUAAUAGCUGUGGAGCUUCCCUUUUCUGCAGUGCCACUCGUCAAAGCGUCGGCAUCAGAGUCUCGAAUGGGAUCUUACAAAAUCCCUUCUCUUGUUGAGAGCAUAGCCUGGGUCUCUGUUGCUCUGGUGGUGGUUGCCAACAUCUGGAUGGUAUUUGACGUGUUACUUGACGAAAUCGAUGAAUUUUCUGGCUUCGCUGCACAUCUUGAGAGUCUUCUCGGAACGGAUUCAUUUGGUCAUCAUGGAGAAGAUACUUUGAACACGUCUGUUUUUGCCUUGGUAUUGAUUGUGAUUGGGCUUAGCGUGGGAUUCCUAAUAUGGUUGGUUGUAACACCUCUUCGCGUUGAUAGGAUAGCUAUGGAAAGGAAAUGGGUUCAAGAGUAUGAACUUUUUGAAAGCCAAACUCUUUCCGAUGAUCGACUAGGGGUACUGGAGUAUUCCUCGGAUCCUACUACUUCUGAGGUGUAUGACAUGAUUCCGAUGACAGAGGAUAUCAUGCUGGUCAAUAAUUUAGUAGGCCUGGAAUAUCCUUCCAGGCAGGAAAGCGCAUUAUCCAGUAUUGACACUGAUCCCGCGCUAGAGCUUGGGAGGGGAGAACUUGUCAAAUGGACGUCAACAGUCAGCACAUCUAGCAGUGACAUCGAUGAUAUAGUUUCCAAUCAGCCUGAAUUGGUGUAUCUUUCCGAACCAGCUCAACUGAAUGGUUUAGUUCGUACAUCAGAACUUAAUGAAGCAGCUGAACCUUUCAUACCCUCGGGCAAAAGUCUGAGCUCUGAGCCUGUUUUGACUUCUCCCCAUCUCCCUCAUGAAUCUGAUAAGGAAACUCCAUUGAAAGUUGUGGAUCCGCCAGUGGAUGCCACUGUAUUCAAUCAACUCCGAGUUCCAGCUUAUUCUAAAGUGGUGUCACAUGACCUAAAUGUGAUCGCGAAACCUGUUGACGACUCAAUGGUGGUUGCAAGUUUGCCGUCUGUGGUUGACGAGAAGAAGCAGGAUGUAGUACAAGAGGCUCCGUUUGGCCAUGACAGAGGUCACAUCCUUACAGAACCUGAGAUUGCUGGUACAAUAGAAACAUUCCUAAAGGAUGCGUCUCUUUCCGGCGACGGAUUGACGAAGAAAAGUACAGCCCCGCCACCCCAGAGAUUGGUUGCAGUUCGCAGGCAUGAACCUCUAGCUGCAGAUGAAGCGGAAUCUAUCGCAUUGAAGAGAGCGGAAGCUGAAGCGGAUGCAGAUUUGAUUGAUAAAGACGAUGAUGAAGUAGACGACUUCGACCACGAGGACGUUGUGGUGGGACCUUUAUCUCACGAUAAUUUAAGACGCAGCUAUAGUAACCUGGCGUACGAAGCCUCUGGCUCAGCCCGAAGUCUGGGGGGUAGGACUGAUGCUAGUGAAGGUGGUGGCAGCGGGAGUGGUAGCUUGUCACGCCUUUCGGGACUGGGACGAGCUGCGCGUCGACAGUUUGCUGCUUACCUCGACGAGUUCUGGGGUAAAUUGUUCGAUCUGCAUGGGCAGCCCAUAGCCAGCAAAGGUAGCACAAGGCUUAGUGCGCUGGGAUCAUCCAUAGGACCUCUCUCAUUACCUUUUGAUAAUCCCGGCAUUACACCAAGAUCAGGUGAUCCUGGUGCCUACCUGGGAAGGUUGAACUCACCUCCGGAUGGUUAUUUGGGGGGAGAAAGUAAUGGGUAUGGCUCAAAACGUGGUCCAUCAAAAUCGACCAGCAGCCUUCAUCAGCAAGUGGAACAACACUUUAUGGAUGCUUAUGCAAGGGCACAGUCUCACGCCACUGCAACUACCUCUUCUGGUUUUCUUGGGUUCAUGCAUGACUACUCAGGCAGAUCAGGAAAUUCAGGGUCCCUACAAUUACCUGAGCGCCAGUAUUCCAGCAUGCGCUUGCCAACUUUUUCAGAUGAGUUCGAUAGGGAACCCGCCACAAUUCACGGCUACUACGCUCCUUCGUUUCUUGGUGGUAGAAGCGCUACAUCAAGUCCUGCACUCAAGUCAACCCGACCCAUGUCGUCGUUGGACAUGCAUGGUGCGGCAUCGGCACGAGCUCUCUCUGGUCAACUUCAUGUUCAGCAACCUCUAGGAGUAGGCGUCCAAGGGGAGUUCGAAGGAUCUCUAUACGGUGGGGGUUUUCAAGGUAGCUUGGAGGACGCUAUCCAGUCUCUUCGAUCUAUGCAUGCCUUACCCAGUAGGAAUGCUAUGAAUUGCAAAGUUAACGCUGAUAGGGAACUGAAUGGUCCCAGAUCUUGGGACAGCAGGAUGGCUACUGUGGAUCCUUUAGUGCAUCGAGCCACAGGGGAAAUUUACCAACCCAGUUCGGGCCAUUCACCGAUUGGAAGGAUCGGAAGCAUGUCUUCUGUGAGGGCUCCACUGUCGUUUGAUGAGCUUUCCCCUUCGGUGACGCACAGAGAUGGAUUCUCGAUUCAAACUGCACAGUCCGAGAACUCACUUUGGUCUCGACAGCCCUUCGAGCAAUCAUUCAGCGGAAUGACGGAUCCGUCUGCCAACGGUGGAUCUUCCAGGUCAAGAGGUGGAUCUGGAGGUCUGGGUACAAACCGAAAUGGAACCGUUGGCGGUCGGCCUGGGAAGACUAGUGGCGGCGCAGAGAGCUUGUCGAAUGCCUCUACCGCCUUCAGUUCUGGACUAGAUGCAGAUUUGGAUAUGAUGGAGACCUUGAGAGCUUGCAUUUGCAAGCUUUUGUGCCUGGAAGGAUCAGAGUGGCUGUUUCGUUUUGAUAACGGUUCAGAUGAAGAUCUGGUUGCAGCCGUUGCAGCCGUCGAGAAAAUGCAUAUGGAUGCAGAUUCUCCUGACAGAGUGUCCCGAAAUGAAAGGUGGCAAGCUCAUGGCCGUCCUGUUUCGUCUUUCUUGAAAGGCAGCAACGACGCACGGAGAGUUUGCUACUGCGGUGAAGCGUGUGUGUGGGGAAAAGGCCUACUUAUUAGCUUUGGCGUUUGGUGUGUCCAUCGAGUACUUGAACUGUCCUUGAUGGAAAGCAGGCCUGAACUUUGGGGAAAAUAUACUUACGUGCUGAAUCGACUCCAAGGUGUACUGGAUCCGGCAUUUUCCAAACCACGUCUUGUUGCACCGAUGUGCAAUUGUGUGAUAGAGGUUUCGGAGAUCCUCAGCAGGCGAGCGCCGCGGGGGGGUUUGAUCAAACAGGGAUCAAACGGCUUCCGAAUAGAUUCCACAAACGGUGACCAUGUGAGCUUACCCCAGAGCAGCUAUCCUUUCCCGUGGUCCUGGGGUCGCAACUCCAGUAGCUCGAAAGGAAGAGGGGCAAGUGCAACUGUUUUCUUGGAGAUGAUCAGAGAAGUGGAACAAGCAGUGGGCUCUCGAAAAGGUCGGACUGGUACUGCCGCGGGAGACGUUGCGUUUCCGAAAGGUAAAGAAAAUCUUGCUUCAGUCUUGAAAAGGUAUAAAAGGCGUCUGAGCAACAAGCCUCCUGGCGCAGCAGGGGGUGGCGGUGGCGGUGGCGGUGGCGGAGGAGGUGGCCGCAGAUCCAACAAUGGAUUUGCCCAGGCUCUUGUUUUUGCAGCAUGUCUCUAGACUUCGGUGCUGUUUCCCCCUUGCUAAAGGGGUUGUUAAAUUUAUGCCAUGUCACUACAGCUCUGCAAUGACCAAGGGUAAACAUUUAAAGGCAUGUGAUAAAUUCCCCAAGCUCCUCCCCUUGGAAUUGUGCUUUAGUGACUCUAGGGAGGACUUGUGAUGAUCAUACGAGUAUACCCUCAGAAUACCUGAGUGGUGGAGAUUUUCCUCUUGGCAUUGAUGCCUUUUAGUGUUGGAUAAUAUUAUCUUCAGUAGUUUAUGUCACGGGAUGUUUUCCACUCUGCGCUGUUUAAAACUAGUUUGUUAAGUGGAGCAGGCUCUGAUGACGUGGAGAAAUUGUGAGUUGUCCCCAACAGGUUAUGGGGACCUCUGAUAUUCCUCUAGUAGGACAUAUUCCUCGUAGUGUCUAAUUGUAGACAUUUACUGUAGACUGGUGAAAAAAGAUUAAUAGAAAAAAGAAUGCUUUUGUUUCGAAGCAGUUCAUUUCCAGAUAUUUAUAUCAAGUCAGAUAAGUCGUGGAUUUGUGGCCUUCUGGGGCUGACGGCUUGCAUUUCAGUA